CCCAGGGAUUAUCAUGGCGACAAGCUUCCAGGACGCGCCAGUCAUUGUCCGCAAUGCCGCCAAUGGGCGCAAGAUUUUCAUGGCCAAAUGCUCAGACUGUCACGCAGUGGAGAGCGAUGGCGGCCACAAGCUUGGCCCCAAUCUCCACGGCUUGUUUGGAAGGCAAGCAGGGACCGCGCCAGGCUACGCAUUCUCGCCGGCGAACAAGAACACGAAAGUAAUCUGGGACGAGAGAGCGCUUUUCGACUACAUUUUUGAUCCGAACAAGUUCUUUCCAGGAACGAAAAAGCCCUAUGAUGGCCUCGCUUCCCCGCAGGAGAGAGUCGACCUGAUCGCGUUUUUGAAAAGAGCGUGCUGACCGGCCGUAAAUUUUCUGACUGCCUGUAGCCAGUUGCUGGAAGUUCUGAGAAGGGCUUGGCAAUUCUGGCGGAAUUUUCUUGACGAUCCUCGUGUCCAAACGGGACAUACCUAUUUUGAGAGCGCUUUAUCUCUUGAGGAACUUCAUCGGUUUGCUUUUCGAUUUUACUACUUCUUUUGUAGACUUUUACGACCUUUCGCACACACUGGAUAAUCUUAUCUAUGGUUUCGAUUCCAUUUAUAAUUAAAAUGAAACACGCAAACUACUAUAA